AUGCUCAAACCCAGGACUGCACUUGAGAAAGCUUUUGCUUCCGAAGCUUACGUUUUUAUUAAGAUGAGCAUUUGGAUCAUGUUAUCUCCAGCAAAGUGGAAGGUACGAGAUUUCCAGAGCAUCGGGAGGAGGGCCGCGGAGGAGAGGGCGUGGUGGAAGGAGGUCCCGGCGCUAGAGGAGACCAGGGACGCCAGCUCCCCUCUCCGCCUCAAUUCUGGCCGACGCAAGCUUGGCCACACCCUUUGCAACCGCCGUAAAGUGUGGUGUCGUGGCCCCGCCCCUUCCGGCGCCUCUUGUGACGCCGGCCCUGGGCUUUUUGCGCGGGAAAAGGGAGCCGCCCAGGUCUGUGCUCAGCGUCACUGGACUCAGGCUGAUUUCGCUGAAGUCGCCGCCGGCUCCGCACCGCUGCCGGCCAUGGGGCUUCUGGAGCUGUGCGAGGAAGUGUUCGGCACCGCCGACCUUUACCAAGUGUUGGGCGUGCGGCGCGAGGCCUCAGACGGCGAGGUCCGACGCGGCUAUCACAAGGUGUCCCUCCAGGUGCACCCGGACCGGGUGGGCGAGGGCGACAAGGAGGACGCCACGCGCCGCUUCCAGAUCCUUGGGAAGGUCUAUUCCGUUCUGAGUGACAAAGAUCAGAGAGCAGUGUACGAUGAGCAGGGAACAGUGGACGAGGAUUCUGAUGUGCUCAGCCAAGAUCGGGACUGGGAGGCCUAUUGGAGAUUACUGUUUAAAAAGAUAUCUCUAGAAGACAUUCAAGCUUUUGAGAAGACAUACAAAGGUUCAGAAGAAGAGCUGGCUGAUAUUAAACAGGCCUAUCUGGACUUCAAGGGUGACAUGGAUCAGAUCAUGGAGUCUGUGCUGUGUGUGCAGUACACAGAGGAACCCAGGAUAAGGAACAUUAUUCAACAAGCCAUUGAUGCCAGAGAGGUCCCGUCCUAUAAUGCCUUUGUCAAAGAAGCAAAGCAAAAGAUGAAUGCAAGGAAAAGGAGGGCUCAGGAAGAGGCUAAAGAAGCAGAAAUGAGCAGGAAGGAGUUGGGGCUUGAUGAAGGAGUGGAUAACUUGAAAGCACUCAUUCAGAGCAGACAAAAGGAUCGGCAAAAGGAAAUGGACAAUUUUCUGGCUCAGAUGGAAGCAAAGUACUGCAAACCUUCCAAACGAGGAGGGAAAAAAACAACUCUCAAGAAAGAAAAGAAAUAAUGGAAUUUUCUCUUCAAAAGUCCUUAGGUGUUAAUUGAUGUCAUCGUAGGCAAGGUGCCGUCAAGAUUUGAAGACAAAAGUUAACCCUUGAGAAAAGUUGUCUUUCAAGCCUAAAUUAUUCAGAUCAACUAUGUAAACCAAACAGAAUCUCUCAAUCUGAUGUUAGUAUAUCCUGGAAACACCAUGACAUUCUGUGAGGUCCUUCUAUGAAGGAAUUUGGUGGUGAUCAUUGAGGGAGCGGAAGGGUAUAUGCUUCCUGACAGCAAUCUUCUAUGGGUCUUCUGUACAAGGAACUGUACCUAUAAUGCAGAUCUAUCCCUACCACAUUUAGCAGUUGUCUUUUUGCCACACAGGAGUGAGCUGCAGGGUAUUCAGUGGUGUGUGUUUAUUAGAACAGGUACUCUACCUAGCCUUCAACACACUUGCGGGACGUCUGUCUUCCAAAUACUUGCCAGUUUGCUUUCAGUCUUAAUGUUCUUGCAUAGACCCUCUCCUUUUUGUUUUACUGAACUAAGUUUUGCACUCUUUGCUUGAGGUUUAUAGGAGAAACAGGUGUUCAGAUAACUUCAAGCAUCUUUGUAAGAAUUAUACAUGAUUAAAUAAACAAGUAAAAAAAUGACUGUUAAGUUCCAGGGGCUUUUUAAAUGAUCCCAGUGUGAUCAUUUAAAAGAUGAACUAGGGGCUUCCCUGGUGGCGCAGUGGUUGAGAAUCCGCCUGCCGAUGCAGGGGACAUGGGUUCGUGCCCCGGUCUGGGAAGAUCCCACAUGCCAUAGAGCGGCUAGGCCCGUGAGCCAUGGCCGCUGAGCCUGUGCGUCUGGAGCCUGUGCUCCGCAACGGGAGAGGCCACAACAGUGAGAGGCCCGCGUACCGCAAAAAAAAAAAAAAAAAAAAAAAAAAAGAUGAACUAGAAAAGAUAUGAAUGGUGCUUAGGAUAAAGAAGAGAGAAGAAAAGUAGUCGUAGUCAGCCUUGUAGCAGAUAGCCUGAUUUAAGUUGCCUCAAGAGAUGUUGUAGUCCUGCCUGUAACUGCUGAAUGUCCUUAGGUCACUGAGCUUGUCUGAACUUCUUUCCUCUAUAAAAGAGUAAGGGAGCUGGGCUAAAUGACCUGUUAGAGGCUCCUUCUGACUCUUAACUUUAACCUUGAAAGGCAAGCCGUCUUGAUCCAGUGGUUUGUUAUUAUGUACUCCUGGUAUUGAUUUGUGAGAAUAGUACAGAAAUUUUCACUUAGUUGAAUUGGUAUGAACUCAUUAGAAUGUAUGGAAAUUUUUUAGGGACUGUUCAACUUAAAAUCUCUGAUUUGUAAGCUAAUAAUAUUCAAUACCAUAUACGUAAAACAAGCCUUCUGUUACUGAGAUUUAUGUAUUAUAAUUUAUCUGAGGUAAGCCCAUGACACGUUUUCAGUUUGUGAUUAUAAACAGGUUAAAAAAUACUCUUUAAUUGCAUCAAAAAUACAAUUUAAUGCAGGUUGUUUGAAGCAUCUGUCUUCAUAUGAUAGCAUUAGAUAACUGCGAAAUAAUAAAAUUACCCCAAUUGAAUUGAUCAACUCUGAAGAUUAACAGUAAGAUCUAAAACCAGUAUGAUCAUCAAAAUUAAAAUUCAGUGAAAUUUAAAUAAAAUAAAUGUAAGCCAUAGUUAAAACCAUUGCUGCAUUCAUGAGUGCACUCAGGAAAGGUCCAUGUGAAAAUUGGAAGAAUGUCAAAGUUCUCUUCCUUUGCUCUUAAGGAUAUGUUUAUACUGGACUAAUUUGCGGGGUUUCUGAAAUUUUAAGAAGUUUUGUCUUGCUGGCUCACUAAUAGAAGUAGUCUAUAAAUUUUUUAAUUGCCUUUCUUAGAUCUGCAGGAGAAAAUCGGCAAGGUGAGUUUAAUAUUUGGAAAAAAAUAUGACCACUAAAGUACUUUAAGAAGAAAAGAAGCAUAACCUGAUGUCAAGCAGGUGUUGUGAGGUUGAGUUGUCCUAUCUGAAAAAAAAAUCCAUUAUGGUUUAUUACAUAGGCUACUUUACACCAGUGCUCAACAUUUAUGUCUUUAGUUACUCACCCCUGCCAUAUUUGUCUGUCUAUGGGAUUGGACAUCUAAAGAGAAAACUUCAGGAACGACUAAUCUGUUUGAUGAGUAGUAGCUCAGAUUUUUGACAGCACUGUCUCCUAAAAAUGACGUAAAAGUGAGUACACCUGUCCAGAAAUUAACACAAGCAGAAGUAUUCCAAAGCCAGUGAUAAUGUUAUCAAACAAUUUCCUACUUUUUGUGUAUGUAUAGUCUGAUAGAAUCCUGUAAUAAUUGAACUGAUCAUUGUUAACAGACAACAUGAACAGUGAUUUGGAGGAUAUUACUCUUUUGUUACAUCUUUGGGUACAAAUUUUACUGUCCAGUGAAAUGGUUAACUUAUGCUGAAAGAAGACAGUAACUGGAGAUAGAAGCAGUACCCAUGUAAUCUUUGGCCGAUACUGUUCUCAGUCUGUUGUACCAAAAUAAUUCUUCAUGAAGAUAGUUUCAAGUUGUCUCCUGUUUACAAGCUCUGCAUCACGAGAUGACUGAACACUGAUUUGUGAAAUCUUCCCACAUGUUCCCUGCAGCCUGAGGCAGGUUCUUCUCACUUGCCCUAUGGUCCCUGCCUGGUUCUAGUGAUUGGUCCACCUCUGUUUUGAGAUUUUGUAGAUCCAUGUAACUGAGGACCUGUCAGACAAAGAUGACAUCAUAGAGUAACAUUAGUAGACAUUCUAGAUUUGAUCGUCUCAAGUUCAUAUGUACGGGCUUUUUUGCUCCAGUUAUCAGUUAGACUUUAAAUUUGGAGCCUGUGACUAAACAGUAAAGUAUAUAUUUACCAAGGCAAUAAAAGUCAUGUUUGCGUAUUUUAUAAUGUAAAAACAAACAAAACCUAUAUUAAGAUAUGAAAGCAGUAACCUAAUUUUAGAAAAUAGCCACGAAUUUAAAAGGACUAAAAUGCCUGUUUCACUUACCUAAAUAUUAUACUAGUUAUACUUGACCGGCAGCACGGCCAAAUGUAAUAACUAGCUCAGAGGCAGCAGUGCUUCUCUGAGGACUGAUCCAAGAACCGAAUCCACUGAAAGCUUUCAAAGACUACCAAACGAUGCUACUAGGAACUGAACUAAAAGAAUUCGCUUGCAUUACAGAGAAGGUUUGAGGCAGGUUACUUUUUAAUGUGCUUGCUGAUUAAUCUGAUUAUUAACAGGAAACAUUUCAACUGCCCAAUAGUUCUAAAUUUCACCUAUAACAUAAGGAGAAAAUGACCCUGAUGGUGAGACCAUUAUAGGAAGAAUUAAGACAUCCUUAAAUUUUCUCUCAUCACUCAUAUGAAAAUAGAAACUAUAGAAUAUAACUUAGAAGACAAAAAAGUUAAUGGGAUAGAAUCAGACUCCUCGUGUCUUGACAUUGUGAAUUUCUUUUCUUACCUUGGCCUAGCAGCUUAACUGACCAGAGCAGUUUAAUCCAUAGCAAUGUGGGGUUUGCCAAGUAAUAAAAUCCAUGCAGUGUUUGAAUGUUACAAAAAUGACUUAUUUGGCUUAAAUUUUUUAGAUUAAAAAAAAAAAGUAGUUUUCCAGAAUGGC